CCCGUCUCGGGCCUACGAUCUCCGCAAGACUGCCUUCUGAAGCGGACAUCCUAUUCGCAUCUACCCUGUUACAGUACCUACCUCUCCAUGUGGAGUACCUAGCUGGACCGACCUCGCAACUGGCUUGGGUCAUGACCUCUGAUCCUUGUGAUGCAGACACGAGGCGGGUACACUAUGCUUGCCUUUCUCUUUUACUGCAUGUGUAUUCUUCCGCAUUAUCGAGCUUCUCUUUAGACAAGCCGAUUCGGCACUUACCCACGUAGGAUACAUAAGGUCUCAUUACCGGCACAUCUCCCUUGAGGGUAGCGGCCCAACUAACGGCCAUACCAACGGUACCAACGGGCACGCCAUGGACGAUGAAGUAGCAAUGCCACGAUUGAACACCCUCCCACCAGCCGACAUGAACUGGACAAUUACUCUCAGAGACAAGGUUGUUGCAAUCACCGGUGCAAACCGUGGCAUCGGCUUGGGCAUUGCAGAAGUCUGCCUAGCAAAUAACGCGAAGGCAGUCUACUCGUUAGACCUGAUGGACCCUUCCGAGGACUUUGCCGCAUUAUCGAAGAAGAGUCAAGGGCGCUUUAAGUACAAGCAGAUGGACGUUACCAGCGAGGAAUCUGUGAAGAAGGCUAUCGACGAGAUCGUUGAUGAGGAGGGUGCAAUUCAUGGCAUGAUCGCCAACGCCGGCAUGACCAAACAUCAGCCAGCGCUAGAUUUCACAAUGGCUCAAGUCAAGCAACUUUUUGAGCUCAACGUGUUCGGCGCCUGGAACUGUGCAACAGCGGCAGCCCGCAAAUUCAUCUCGCUUGGCGUCAAGGGCAGCAUUGUCUUCACCGCUUCCAUGACCUCUUACCGGCCGAACAGAGCUGCUCCAUCAGCACCGUACGGUGGUACCAAAGCAGCCGUGCGGAACAUGACGCAUACGCUAGCGAUGGAAUGGGCACAGUAUGGCAUCCGUGUGAACUCUAUCUCGCCAGGCUUUGUAAAGACCGCUAUGACUUACUACGUGGAGAAAGCACCAGACUGGAAUCUGAAGAUGCAGUACUAUGGAGGCAUGCCGCGUCUUGCCCUGCCACAGGAGCUGGGUGGUGCAUAUGUAUAUCUUCUGUCGGACGUUGCGAGUUAUACGACGGGCAUUGAUAUUCCUAUCGCCGGCAUUGUAGGAGCGUGGUGAAGCAAAGGGCAUGAUUGGCAUUCAUCGGCGCCUUGGGAUCUAGGACUCAGAUGAGAUACCAAUGGCAGAAUUGUAGCUUCCUUGCUCAUCACUUUCACAAGUCUUGCUCAUUGUCUUGACAAGACGUGGAGGCAUGGAGGGCGUUUUGCCAUAAUGUUAUUCAGGCUUAUGUGUAGAAUAACUCGUCCACCCACUGCAACCUAGACUUACCAGUUAUACUGUGUGUAGCAUUAAUC